GGGAUUUAUGUUUCCGAUGGGUGGCCCAACUUGUCAAUGUAAUCUAGGGAAUUAUCCAGGGUGGAAGAAUUGUCGGGGCAGGCACUGGGAAGCACUAGCGAGCACAAGAGGUAAUGCCGAGAGAUAUCGAGAGGCAAGAACUGGCAAGAACGAAGAGGAACGUGAACGUAUAGAGUGUGUAGCCAUCUGUGGCAAGAGUGCAGGACUGUUUCCGAGUUGUCGAACAGUGUGUCAGAGUGAGAAGGAGUGCGUUAUACCCGUGGCCCCGCGUAUGCCCCUUGUCACUGGUGGUCUCGUCAGGCAGUCCGAGCGUACGCCAUGUUCUUGGUGGUGGCGAGUGCUCGCAGUGACAGAAUGCGCGGUGCGAGCUUGGAAAAUCACGACGGUGCGUGCGGCAAUUAGGGCGUGCAUAGUCGAGGAGCGAGAGUGUUCAACGAGAGAGUGUGAGAGAGGGGUAGAGAGUGAAUGAGUGAGAGAGAGACAAGAGUGGUGCGUGUCCUGUAAAAAGAUAAUCAGCUCAAGGGGGUGGCGAUGCUGGGCUUGGAGCUCGGGGCUCAGGUCGGCCUGUGAUAUAUCUCCUUGGAACGGGCGGUGUGCGGGCAGGUCGCGGCCAUUUUUACCACACGAUGCGCCAACCGUGCGUGUCCAUUCGAUCCGCCAUUCCAAACAAUCGGUCUACGUGCCCUCUUCGAGUGCAUCUGGCUCUACGGCGCUGGGACAAUGGCGAUAGUGCCCGGUUUCGGGCGACGAGCACCGCCGCGAGCUGGGCGACGAUGAAGCAGCUCGAUCGGUGAACCGGCCAAGAAGUGCGUGCGUGCGUGAAUGCGUGCGUGCGUGUCUGCCUGCCUGCUGUCUGCUGCCUGCCUGCCUGCCUGCCUGCCUGUCUAUUCGUCUGUCUGCCUGUUAGUCUUGUCCGUCUGCUACCUGCCUACCUGCCUGCCUGCCUGCCUGUCGACGUGCGUACGAGAAUCCACGGAAACGAUAAAACGGAGUCAGUGAGCUAGCUACUAAAGAGUAACAGGGAUAGGAAAUAAAGUGAAAAGCAAAUAAGUGAUAGCACAAGGAGAUAUAUCCUUGGAGCAAGUAAAAAAGAGAAUAAGUGCAGGGGCCAAGCCAGUGAGCCAGCCUUCCAGCCGUGCAAGAAGCGACGUUGAGUUGGUUCGACGAGUCGAAGGAGUUAUCCGAACGGUGUGCCGUGUCUCUUCCACGCACGGCAGACUCUAGCGCGUGCGAUCGAUGUGCGCGAGUGCAUAGUGGAUAGGAAUACGUCGAGGAUAUACCCUGGAACAGUCAGGCGACCUUUUUGGAUUAUGUGGAACAGUGUGGUGUUGCGUGCUCGUGUCUUCUGUUGAGGAGAAGGUGUAGGUGCUGUGUAGCCGACACUGGAGUCCCUCGACGAAAUGGAGAUCGAAGCUAAACAGAGAAAUCAGCGAAAUCGCCGAAGGGAACGAGCCCAGCGUAUGCUAGCCCAGAGAGAGAGUUUGGCGACGGCGAAACAGCAACAGCAACAGCACCAGCAACAGCAGCAGAGACAACGACCCGACGAGGAGGACAGCCAUAGCGGCGAGGACGAGGAUCCCGGAGGAUUGGCACUCGGACUUCCUCGGGGUAGUCACCCGAGGGAUAGUCAUCCGAGACCUCCAAGACCUCCUAGACCCCCACGACCACCUAGGCCGCGAAAGAAGUCCUCCCUAGCCUCUGCCACGCAAAAGGAACCUCCCUUUGAGGAAGACAUUAUCGACGGUUUCGCUAUCCUCGCCUUUCGUUCCUACGAAGAGCUCGAGAGUGCAAUAAAGCUUGCUGCGAAGAACAAUGUGAAGAAGCUACAUACCUUACUGUCGAUAGUGGAUGAAAAGCCGAAGGUCGAUACUGGACAGAAUAAUCGGCAUAGCGAGCACCACAUUAAGAAUCACAUAAAGCACAACCAUUAUACACAUAAUUCCAUUCUAACGCCUUCUACGCUCAAUCAGGGCCUAGAUGCGGGUACGAGUGACGACAGUGGACGAGCGUCUGAACAAUUGCACGGACCUGGAAUACCUAGGGAUUGCCAGGACGCCGACAGUUCCAGGGACCAUCUCAGCGAUGCUAGCAGUCAUUGCAGUUCCGGUAAAGGUUAUAUCUGUGAUAGUGAAGGAGAAGACGAUAAGGGCUCGGACGCAGAGUCGAUACUCUUUGAAUCUUCCACCCCACCACCCAUUGCACGUAAAUACGAGUUGCCGUCUUCGUCACCACACGUGCUGCCACCUGCGAACGGAGCAGGAGGAUCCCCACCGGAUACGGGUGGGCAAAUUUCAAAUCCUGCGACGGAUGCUCCUGCACCGAUUCCACCCCCUGUGCCUGCCACUGCGCCAGUUCCGACAGCGCCAAGUCCACCCAGUCCUACGCUACCCCCUCACAUAUCCCAACCACCCAUGACUAGUCCACUGGCAGCGAAUCCACGUGCAAUAGCUCCACAGCAGCGGCCAGCAUCCCCUGCUCUACCAGCCCCUUCGCUACCCCAGCAGCCGCAUACGACGAUACCCGCGUUACAUCCCCCCAACGUGCCGAUUGUCUCGUCGAGCCACACAACUAGUCCCGCGGUGGCCAGCCUUGGCGUGACUCCUGCAGCACCGUCCAACGGAGCGGCGACAACGAGUUAUCCACCCCCAUUGCCAAUGGCAGCCUAUCCCCAGACACAGCCCUCUUAUCCACCUCUCUAUACGCCCUACACUGCUCUCAAUCACAGCCCAUACCUUCCGCCAGCCGUACCGUCGCCCUCGCACUCAGCAUCCUCGCGGGCGGACGUGAGAGGCAGUAGGGCCUCACCCUGUACGAAUAUAUCUAAACAGACGAUAGGAAGUAGCGUCGCCAAUCACAGUAACACUCCCCUCAGUGCCGCAACGACGACGUGCGUCUCGACGAUCACGAACACAGUUACCACCGCGAAUACCGUCGCGCACCGGGACAUCGUGGCGUGUUCUCUAGCCGGGAGGAAUAACAAUUCACCCCGCGGGCACAGUCCCAAUCGGGAACGUGACAGCUAUAGCAGCAACGUGAGUAGCCUAAGCAGAGGCAGCAUAACGCCCGUCAGUGUGCCAAACACGUCCUCCCCAGCCAAUUCUAGUCUACCUGCUUACUCCAAGGCUCAAGGGUGGAUCAGUAGCAGCGCGGCCUCCCAGUUAUCACCGGCGACGGCCACGUCUGUUCCGAGGCCAACACCACCCCCGGUGCCACUAGGAAUGCACACCUUCCCACCACCGAUGUUCGCAGCACCCUUACCACCACCAGUGUCCAGUUCGAGUCCUCAUACCUCGUUACCCUCGCUUCCUCCGCCGACGUCGAAUCCCAAUCCCUUCUCAGCCGAGUCUCUCUUUCAAACAAGGGUGACUCAUGUUACAGGUCAAACGGACCUGCUGAGGCGAGAACUUGACAAUAGAUUUUUGGCGUCUCAAGAUAGGAACGUGAACGUCGGCGUUGGGAAUCUUGGACCUCCACCUUAUCUCAGGACGGAGAUGCAUCAUCAUCAGCAUCAGCAUACUCACGUUCAUCAGCAUACUACCCCGUUGCUUCCACCUCCUACGGCUACUACCCUCUUUCCACCUCCGAUUCGUGGCUCCUUUUCGCAGUUCAAGGACAUUCCAAAGCUCGGAGGAGUGGAUUCUCAGUUUUUUCGUGGGAAUCUCAAUCUUUCGAGCUACUCGGGCUUUAAUGCUGGACUACUUCAUCCCGGCAUUGGACCUCCGUCCACGCCCUUCGUCCCACCGAAUCAUUUGACUUCGUUCGCACCAAAGAAGACGGGAAAGUGGAACGCGAUGCACGUUCGAAUAGCGUGGGAAAUCUAUCAUCAUCAACAGAAGCAGCAGGCAGAAGCUAAAGCCGGUGGUGGUGUGGGGACUAAAACGGAAUUACUUAGACCACCGGGACAUCUGUAUCCUGGUGGUCCGGGUGGUGGUUUGGGAAUCGGAGGACCUAUGGCACCACCAUUUCCUACGAACAUGCCUCCCUCGCAUCCGCCACCUCCGCCACCUCAUCCUGUAGGAUUCCUUUCGACGCCAGCUUCGCAUUUAGCUCGCAACCGCGCGCCAAUGUUUCCAGGAACAGGAAUGUCGCCCUUCGGCAGAUACCCUUCGUCGUACGGGCCACCAAAUCCGAAUUUCCCUGGACUCUCCGGUUUUCCACCAGCCCGAGAAAUGCCAUCCUUAGGCGGAUUAGGAUCCGUGCACGACCCCUGGAGAGGGCUGCAGCGUGCUUCCACUGGGUUCCCGCCUACGACGGUGUCCUGGGGCUUGAAGCCGGAGCCACCUGCGAUUGACAGGAGGGCCGAGCUCGAGGAACGGGAACGCGAGCGCGAGCGUGAACGUGAACGCGAACGCGAACGUGAGAGGGCUCGUCGUGAAAGGGAGAGGGAGAGAGAGGAGCAGCGCGAGAGGGACAGACGGGAGAGAGAGAAGGAGGAGAAAAGAAAGCAGGAAGCGGCCGAGCGUGAAAGGGAACGCGAGAGGCGAGACAAGGAGCGUCGGGAGAUGGAAAGACGAGAAAUGGAGCGCGAGAGAAUCCUUCAUCAGAAUCGACAGCACAUGGUUGUCGGCAGGGAACGUUCUCCUUUGCGAAACGGUUCGACGCCUCUGGACACGGGUGAGGUCCGCGUCAAGGAAGAACCCCGAAGCAAAGACGAUGACGUAGUGAUGCUACCAAGGCCUCCGCCACCGGGUCCUGGUUCUGGACCCGGACCAGGACCGGGACCCAGUCCGCUUCCGGAUCCGAGAUAUCAUCAUCCACAUCCUCAUCCCUAUCUCGCGAGGCAUCCGCACGGCAUGCCCGGACCGCACUCUAUGUCGCGCUCUAUGCUACCAGGACUCGGCGGUCAUCCUAUGCAACAUUUCCCACCACCGCCGUCAGGUCCGACGGGACAACCAGGUGGACCAUGGCCGGGAGAUCCGUUCCGGGAUCACUACCGUUACGAUCCUCUUCAGCAACUACGGUACAAUCCUCUUGUCGCAGCUUUUCGCGCAGAGGAGGAGGAGAGAGCGAAACUUUACGCCGGAUAUCCUCCGCCGCCAGUCAAUUCUCUACGAAGUAAAGAUCCCAGUCCGGGACCAUUGAGCAAUCUACACAUGCACCACAGGGCCGGGCCUGGACCUGGCGUACCUGGUGUACCCGGAGUACCUGGACGUCAGAUGGAACCCGCGCUGAUGCACGCAGAUAUUCACAAGAAGGAGGACGCGCCUCAAUCCCGAUGAUACAUCGUACCACCUUCUCCAGUCGGCGCCAUUCAACGUAAUCGUAAUCCUGACUAAAGAGUCGAUUGCGCGUUAAUCGAUUAUCGCGGCGCGGCAGAGCACCAACCGAUAUUUUCUAACGGAUAGGCGCUAUUUGAAAAUUGUACAUAGGUUAUAUGAUAUUUAUAGAUAUAAACGAUAGGACGUUACUUCUAAGCCCGUACGAUGCCUUGGGGGGAAGGUGUGUUUGAAAAGGAUCGUGGAUAAAAAUGACUUGGGACGCCGACGGUGACGAAGACAUGGAUGAGGAUGGGAACUUCGCGCGAUGAGUAGUAGAUUGACGACUGCGAUUAACGACCACGACGAUUACGAGGCAUUCGUAAACUUGUGUUAUACGACGUUGUAUAAUGUGGUUUCUGCAGUUUCGGGGAUCUGACUGUCUAUAAGCGAUAUAAACUUUACUAUUACGAUGAUUACUAUGCGUACAGUUAAUAUCGUGUGUAAUAUUAUAAUUACUAUAGGAUGCAAGGCGACGCUACGUAAACAAAAGAAAAAAAAUCCCAGGCUAGGAAGUUUAACGGAACUAGCUAUUACUCAACAAAAAAUUAUUUAAUUAUUUAUUUAUUGCCACGUAUAAAUGAAUCCGAAUCUCUGUUACUCCGUAUGGAUAAUGUCGAAGAAGUUCACCGUUAAUUUAAUCGAUGUAAUAUAAAGAACUAUAUAUAUAAAUUUUACUUUUUUGAUAGAGCUUAAUUUGUAAAGAAAAAAAAGGGAAAAAAUACUAGCAGAACGUAUAGGGAACCGAAGAAAGGGGUGAAAGCAAACAGAGAGAGAGAGAGAGAGAGAAUAAACGAACGAAUGUGCGAGAGAAUACAUUGAAAGAGUGACGUAAUUAUUAUUGACUCUGGUUUGGAGAAUAACAUGGACAUCGCUGUUACUUUUUUUUGUAUUUUCUCUUGCAACAAAUAUCCGACGAAGAGCUAAUGGAAGAUAGAAAAAAAAAAUACACGCCAAAAGCCAGAGGACACGGAGUAAACGGGAAUUUGAGCGCGAGUGUGUGUGUGUGUUGUGCGAGAACGUGAUUUUGAAGAAAGCCGGCUAAAAUGGCACUCAGUACUUUCCUGUGAUAUAAAAAUGGUAUAUGGAUCACCGACGGUUUUGCUAUCAUGAAGCGUACGUCAUCGUCAAUGUCAUCGGACGCGAACCAAUGGCGGCGAGCCAGGUCGAACCCUUUUCUCACGAAAUACACAGUCUCUUAUUACAAUUACCUUA